AUGAGGUACGCCCCGGAGAUCAAGAAGUCACCGCCGCACCUGCUCAAGAAGUUUGCAGUGUGCGACAUCCCCCUGUAUGACAUCUGUGACUACAAUGUGUCCAGGGACCGCUGCAAGGAGCUGGGCUGCUGCUUUUACAAAGGCGUCUGCUACGAGAAGGCGGUCCCCGUCUAUGUCCAGGUGUUCUCCGCCCUGAUCGUCAUCAUCGCCGGGGCCUUCAUCAUCACCAUCAUUUACAGAGUGGUUCAGGAGAGCAGGAGGGAGAAGAAAGCUUCCGCGGAAGUCACGCUGACGUCCGAGUCCAGCGAGAAGCCCGAGCCGCCCCCCUCCGUCAGCGAAGUGGAGGCCCCGCCCGUGAGCGAUGAGCCCUCCAAGAAGAGCGAGGAAGGAGGUAUGGAGAGGCCCCGGCCUUCCUCCCUCCGGCCCCCUGACCUGCAGGCUGGCAGGGCCCUCACCCUGGCCGGACGCCAGUGCAGCCCCUUCCAUGGCUGCCUCUUGUUUGAAGAGGAGGCGCCCUUGGAGCUGCCGACUGCACGCGCCCCCAGCUGA